CGUGCGCCCGGUGCAGUAGCUAAGUACAAGCAGAGCGCAGCAGACGCAGAUUAAGAGACGCCUUAUUCAAUAAACGCUAUUCAACAUUCUUUUACAAUUACAAGUGCUCAUUGUUUCAUGCUUAUCUUUUAUCACCUGCCCUCACAAGUGCCACACCUAACAUACCCAUUGAUGCGUAAACCACGUGCGAAACGUGGUGCGUAAUACGAUAUUACUCCAAUAAAUUCAAAUGCUAUCGACGCUGAUAAUCGCGGAAUCUAUUUUGAUAAGGAAUGCUAAUCUUAUGCGAUAUGUGAAUUAAGAAAAUAAAACAAUACGUCGCGAUCACGAGAACGCAGUCGUGAGAGUCUGAGGCAAAAGUGCGAUGAACACGAUGAUGCAAAGUGCGAUUUUCCACGGGGUGAUCUUGGCCAUCGUCGCUUUAGGUGUAGAAAAAUGCGGCGCUACUGAUAAUAGAAUUGUGGGUGGACGGCCUGCUGAAGAGGGUGAAUUUCCUUACCAGGUUUCACUUAGAAAAACCUACAAUGAUAAACACUUCUGUGGUGGUUCACUGAUCACAGAAAACCAUGUAUUAACAGCAGCCCACUGUAUGUUUUACCGAUGGGGUGGUGUAUUACCACCAAUUGUGGUUUCUGUAGUAGCAGGUCAAUUAAAUCUCACAAUUAAAGAGGAUACUAUCUUCAGGAACAUCUCACAGAUUGUAGUACAUCCGGAAUUUAAUAAAACAUCGAUGGAAAACGAUGUGGCUAUUCUCAAGUUGUCUUCGAGUUUUCCAAUAACGCAUCUCAUAUCAACUAUUCCAUUAGCAGCAAAUGAUAGCCACCAUCUUGAAUGUGUCGUCAGUGGAUGGGGUGUCCAACAAUUUGAAUCCACUGAAGUUAGUGAAACUCUUCUCACUACUCUAGUGAAUCGCAUAACUAAUGAACGUUGUGAUGAAAUGUACGGUAAUGGUACAAUCAUGCCAAGCAUGUUGUGUGCUCAUGAUGAAGCUGGGGAACAUGAUGCCUGCCAAGGUGAUUCCGGUGGUCCUUUAGUAACUUCCGGUUACCUGAUUGGUGUGAUUUCAACUGGAGAAGGUUGCGCAAGCAAAGAAUAUCCGGGAAUCUAUGCAAGUGUUCCAUAUCUUUACGAUUGGAUCACCGAAACAGUGCGUUUGACCAGUUAUCCGGAAACCACAUCGGAAUCUACUCCCGACUUCACAGAUGAAGAUAUUACGGAACCUUCUAAGCAACCCGAAAUUCCGUCAACGAAAACUCCUGAGGUUUCUAGUCAGUCACCUUCUACAUCUCAUCAUGCAGCAAAUUCUACAACUAAGCACUCGCACAAACAUCAGAUUACGACGGGAAAGAAUCUUGAUGAUAAUUCUACUGUCCCUGUCCAUAAUGAAACCAAGCAUAUUGGGGACCACAGUAGGAAGCCAGAGGAAAUAGAUACUACUGGUGCUGGAGUGAAGAUAAGCGCUACUACUAUGACAAUAUUAUUAGUUCUAAUUCAACUGUAUCUGUGAUAAUUUAAGAAAUGUUCAUUAUAUUAAUUAUCUAGUAAAAAAUAGUGGCAAUGUAGAAUAUUGGGCCAGAGGGUGACCCACUGAACUCAAGUGACUCAAGUGUUCCCACAUGCAGAAUAUCAAUAAUCCUGAUAAGGAAAAAUUACAAUUGAUUACACUCGAGAUAUGGUUAAGCAAACUUAUAGAUAAUUUUUUGUUGAAGAAUUGAAAAGAAAUUAAAUAUUUUGUAAACAGCAUUUUAGUAUCAUCAAAAUAAUCCUAAACUGAUAAUAAAUAAAUCUGACUCCUG